AUGAAUGAGCUUAGAAGCAAAAGAUACACAAGUCAAAUACAAUUGUUGUACGAUGAACAAAUAUAUGAAUUGUAUGAAGAAAACUUAGAAAAUUAAAUUAAAAGAAAUAAAGAGGUAAUGGAGAAGGCAUUUUUCAUGAUUGAAAAGUAUUAUUUGCCUAAGAAGACCUGUUUGGAAGGAAUCCUGGAUUCGAUUCUAAUAAUGGAACCUUUGUUUCAUCAUAUUUAAUACGAUAAAGAGACUUUGAACACCUAUUUUUAUUCGGUCGAUCAGCUGAAUUUUAGAUCAAGUUGCUAUUAGGUGUUGUAAACUAUAACAGAUCAAGAUGUUGAAUUAAAGAGCAAGGAUGAGAUAGAGAAGAUGGAGCUAUUUUAGGAAUUUUAUGAUAAGUUUUAUUAAAAUGAUUUUACUUAGAGUAAAAUGUAUUUAGAAUCAAGAGCGAUGGAUUUUAGGAAAAAGUUAGAAGAAUUCACCGAGUUGUUUAGUGAUGAUUCUCAAAAGAUUUUAGAUGUCACCAAGUAAUUAAUGUUAAAGGCCAAACAAUCUUUAAACAAUUUAAGACUAUUAAUUCAACCUGAAACAGACUAAGCCAUAUAUUCUUACAAUAUUCAAAAGCAGAGGUACGAUUUAUUAAGAGAGAAGGAAGUGUUUUUGAAAUAGUAAAUCUUGUACAAUGACGAAGCAUUUCAAAUUGAAUAGACUUAACAUAUACAAUUGCGAGAUAGUGUGGAUAAGUUGAUAGCUGAAUAAGAGAUGUUAUAUAAAGAAUUGAGUGAUGAAAAUAGAUAGAAUGUGUUGAACAUGAUUAGAGUUCAAAAUUGGGAUAUUAUGAAAAACCAAGAGGAAGAAGAAUUCAGAAAACAAUCUCAAAAAUUCAAUCCUGGAAGAAGACAUGAUUAUGAUUUAUGAUUUAUUGAAUAGUAAUAAAUAAAUUGAAAUUC